AUGGCACGUGAUAUGAGGUUGGGAGCUCAUCUAUUGUUAAUAGGAAAUCAAGGUGUGGGAAAGAAUAAAAUUGCGGAUCGUUUCCUUCAUCUUAUUCAGAGGCCUCGCCAGUAUAUGCAGUUGCAUAGGGAUACAACGGUGGAAUCUCUUACAAUGCAGACAAGUGUUGAAAAUGGAGUUUUGCGAUACGAGGACUCUGCUCUAGUACGGGCAGCUCGAGCAGGGCAUGUUCUAGUCAUCGAUGAGGCUGACAAAGCACCUCUUCACCGGUCCCGUUUCCUAGGGAACGACUUAUUUGGUGUGCUUGGAGAUCUCUUUUCUGUGCACAUUGUGGAGAACCCGAGUAGAGAGAAUGAGCUUGAAAUGCUGAAGAAGUACGCUCCAGAUGUACCAGAUGCUAACCUUCUUAAGCUUAUGGCAGCGUUUACGGAAUUGCGCGAGAUGGCUGAUGAAGGCUUGCUACAGUAUCCAUAUUCCACAAGAGAACUCGUGAACGUUGUAAAACAUAUCAAUAAGUUCCCUACGGAUUCACUCUCGACGGUAAUAAAAAACGUUUUCGACUUUGAUACGUUUUCUACUGAAGCAAUCAAUACGGUCCGAGAAGUUUUCCUCAAACACGGAAUUCCUUUUGGUAUUGAUCAUCUCUCUGAACGUGUAUUUCUCUCGCACCGAUUUCUAAUCGAACCUCCAUCGCGGGUCGGUGAUUGGGGAGUUCGCGAUGAUGUUCCGCCUGUGGAUGAAUGUGCUUGGCAAAUCCCUAUGCUUGAUGUAAACAUAUGCUCGGAUGGACUAGUGAGCGGAAACACAUUAAUAGUGGCAACGAAAGAUCUGAUUCAACAUGUGGAAGUGGAGUGCUCGACGUCGAAGAAAUUAGCAAACAUGUGCGAAAAUAAGGAAUAUCGCCUAGUACGUGCUCAUAAUCCCCUUCUGUUCGCACGUAAUGGAAAGGAAAUUAUCCGCUUCGGAAAUAAUGGCAUUCUUACGCACAUAGAAAUCCACAAUGAUAUCACUAACAUAUUUCCAGUAGAUGAAGGGAAAGUUCUGGUUAAGGGAAAGGAUGGUGAUUAUUAUCUUCUUUGCUGUGAAAAUGGCCGUUGGAAGAUCCGACUUGUUGACAUGAACCUCACCGUAGACAUUGACGGUUUCUUGGAGGCAGUGGAUUCAAUCAGUGGCUUUGUUCAGUACAUUCCAGUUGCUGAACCUUUUUAUCAGAGUUAUCAUGGCACAUGGUUAGCAACAAUCGCUCCAACACCUUUUGUUAUAGUACCUUAUAAUGACGACAGAAUACUGACGGUUGAUACCAGCGGUGGAAUACGUUCAUUUGAAUUCUCUCCAUCUACACUAGGAAAAUCAUACAGAGAAUGGACGCAUUUAGUUGGAGGUGCUGAAGAUAACGACUUACGGAUUGAGUUCGAACGUGAUCCUGGUGCUUUUGACAUAUCAAAACUUAACGAUCCUAAAUUGGGGAAAUUCGAUCCAUUUAAUGCUCCUCAUCACGGAGGUAAUCAGUGGAUGGGAGGAACUGGUGGAUACUCAACAGCAGGCUUAGGAGGUGUUGGUGGGCCAUUUAGGCUAGAUGCUGGCCACGACGUACACCAAAUGCCUGAGUCAGCUAAACGACAAUUAGAAGCGAAGAGAAAGGAACGACAAUGGACUCGUCAUCAGACUUCUGGCGAUCUAGACGAUGGAAAACUUAUUGAGGGAGUAACUGGCGAAAAAAAUAUUUACAGACGUCGUUUGGAUCAGUUGCCUGAAAUUGGCUCACCACUUUUAAAACCAAAACGGAUGCGUUUAUGUUUUGAUGUGUCCGGAUCAAUGUAUAGGUUUAAUGGAUAUGAUAAAAGGCUUCAAAGAUCUCUUGAAGCCGCUCUAAUGGUUAUGACAUCAUUUGAGGGAAAGCAAGAUAAAGUGGCGUACGACAUAGUUGGUCACUCUGGUGAUGGUCCGUGCAUCAAGUUCAUUACAAAUGGCCAUUAUCCAAAGAACAACAAAGAACGGCUAGAUAUUUUGAAGCAGAUGAUGGCUCAUACACAGUUUUGCUCAAGUGGUGACUGUACGGUUGAAAGCCUUGACCAGGCAGUUAAGACCCUCAGUAAAGAGAAUGAAUGUGACGAACGUAUUGUGGUUCUCAUCUCCGACGCGAACUUGGAUAGAUAUGGAAUAUCGCCAAAGAACAUUGUGAACAUUAUGAACAGAGAUGACACGGUCAAUUCAUUCGUUAUUUUUAUCGGAUCACUUGGUCAACAAGCUGAGAGAUUACAAUCAUCGUUACCAAAUGGUAGAGCAUUUGUUUGCGAAAAUGCAUCAGAUCUUCCAAAAAUUAUGCAGAACAUCUUCACAUCAACACUUGAUACUUAA